GGCGAUGGCAGCGACCGCCGCAACAACAACAACAAUAACAACAAAAAGAAAGGAGGAAGCUCCGUCUUACAGCCUCACCUCUCCUCCUCCCCGCCAGCUCUCGGUGCCGGGAGCUGGCACGGAGAAAUUGAAGCGAACUGGCGUGUGUGUAGUGGCCGCGGCGCUCGGGGUAAUGAUUACCGGCGUGCGGGUAAUGAUUACCGCUGCCUCUGCCCGUGUCAGUGCGGUCCCCCACCCUCUCGCAGAGGCGUGAGGCUCUUUUCCUGUUUCACCCGGUGUAUUUAUUGUGGCAGUUCUGAUGGAGCCACAGAGACAGAACCCCGUUUCAAAAGUCGUCGCCUUCCUGUCUAGCCAGGAAAUGCUUCAAAAGCUGUAGUAACCUUAGUAAGGUGAACGGCCGCCUUGACUAAAAUUGCGACUGGGCGUGAGCUACACAGCAAUUCAGCAGAACUGAAGUUUGGUGAAACUGUGUUGCUGCUUCACUUGUCCAUCCUAUUUAGGAGCAGAAAUACUAAUACGGAGCAUUUGACCUGAUCUCUACAGCUGAAUCUCCUGACAGUAGGAUUAGGAAAGAGUGAGUGCCUUCAGAACCAAUAUGUAGCAAAUGGAUGUCACACCUCUGAAGCUCCCCCCUGGGUUCAACACUUGCGUGUUUUAAGGAUCCUUGUUGCCUCAGCAUUGAAUUGUUCUUGUGGACUUCAGAAACAGAUUUCAUGCAGUGCUUGCUGAACGUUGAGUCACCAUGAGUAGUAAUCUAGGAAAAGAAAAGGACUGUAAAGAGAAGGAUCCGAAAGUCCAAUCGUCAAAAGAAAGGGAGAAGGAGGCUAAGGCCUCCGGAGGAUUUGGGAAAGAGAGCAAAGAAAAGGAGCCUAAGACCAAAGGGAAAGAUGCCAAAGAUGGAAAGAAGGACUCCAGUAGCACGCAGCCUGGGGUAGCUUUUUCAGUGGACAAUACGAUAAAAAGACCUAAUCCUGCCACAGGUACUCGCAAAAAAUCCAGCAAUGCUGAAGUGAUCAAAGAGCUAAAUAAAUGCCGGGAGGAGAAUUCUAUGCGCUUGGACUUGUCCAAGAGGUCUAUACACUUGCUUCCAUCGGCUGUCAAAGAGCUAACGCAGUUGACAGAACUUUAUUUAUACAGUAACAAACUGCAGUGCCUACCAGCAGAGGUGGGCUGUCUGGUGAACCUGGUGACGCUGGCUCUGAGUGAAAACUCACUCACCAGUUUGCCUGACUCUCUUGAUAACUUGAAGAAACUGCGCAUGCUUGACCUGCGGCAUAACAAACUGCGAGAAAUCCCCUCGGUGGUGUACAGGCUAAGCUCCCUCGCCACGCUGUACCUACGCUUUAAUCGUAUCACUACUGUGGAAAAGGAUAUCAAAAACUUGUCAAAACUCACCAUGCUUAGCAUACGAGAGAACAAAAUCAAGCAACUACCUGCUGAAAUUGGUGAGCUGUGUAACCUCAUAACGCUGGAUGUAGCGCACAAUCAGCUUGAACAUCUUCCAGAAGAGAUUGGAAGCUGCACGCAGAUCACCAACCUUGACUUGCAGCACAAUGAGCUCCUGGACCUGCCAGAAACCAUAGGAAAUCUGUCCAGUCUAAGUCGUCUUGGCCUGAGGUACAAUAGGCUGUCAGCAAUUCCCAAGUCUUUAGCAAAAUGCAGUGAACUUGAUGAGCUGAACUUGGAGAACAACAACAUUUCUACUUUACCAGAGGGUCUUUUAUCCAGCCUUGUCAAACUGACUAGUUUAACAUUGGCCAGGAACUGCUUCCAGUCCUAUCCUGUGGGUGGCCCGUCCCAGUUCUCCACAAUCUACUCUCUCAAUAUGGAGCACAACCGCAUCAAUAAAAUCCCCUUUGGAAUUUUCUCUAGAGCUAAAGUAUUAAGUAAGCUGAACAUGAAGGACAAUCAGCUGACGUCUCUCCCCUUGGAUUUCGGGACUUGGACAAGCAUGGUAGAACUGAACUUAGCGACUAACCAGCUCACAAAAAUCCCUGAGGAUGUCUCUGGGCUUGUUUCUCUUGAGGUUCUUAUAUUGUCAAACAAUCUCCUAAAGAAACUUCCCCAUGGAAUUGGAAAUUUACGGAAACUCCGAGAGUUAGAUCUAGAGGAAAACAAACUGGAAUCCUUGCCAAAUGAAAUAGCUUACCUCAAGGAUCUGCAGAAAUUGGUUCUGACUAACAAUCAGCUGACCACCCUUCCAAGAGGAAUCGGUCACCUUACCAAUCUGACGCACCUUGGGCUUGGAGAGAACCUUCUCACACACCUUCCUGAGGAAAUUGGUACACUGGAGAAUCUGGAAGAACUGUAUUUGAAUGACAACCCCAAUCUGCACAGCCUUCCCUUUGAGCUGGCUCUUUGCAGCAAACUGUCAAUAAUGAGUAUUGAGAACUGCCCACUCAGCCACCUUCCACCUCAGAUUGUUGCAGGAGGACCCUCCUUCAUCAUUCAGUUCCUAAAAAUGCAGGGACCAUAUCGUGCCAUGGUCUGAUGCUCAUCGACUUGUCCAAUACACUGUACAAAAUACAAACUGCAUUAAUGUUGUAAUUGUCUGUAUAUGUAUAUAUAAUAUAAUAUAUGUGGUUUAUAUUAUAUUAUAUAUAUAUAAAUAUAUAAAUAAUAUAAAAAGGCAAAUUUAAGACUGCAUUAUGUGUUUCUGCUAAUAGAGGAAUCAUAGCCAUUUAGAUUUUUUUUUUUUUAAUUCUGUAAAAAUGCUUGUCUAAGUUUUCUUUGCUGAACUUGAUGGAAGUUGUCUGAAUAAUCUGAAAAUGCCAGUUCAUUUAAAGCAAUUGCCAAUGAACUCAAAGUUUAAAUUUAAGGGACAAAACCAGUUUUACUUAGAUUUACUUUCAGUUAAGAGAAAUGUAUAACCUUUAUAUAAUGAACUUUUCUGUUUUCCUCCCCCCUUUUUUUUUUUUUUUUGUGUCAAAACCCAAAAGGGUCACGUCCCCUGAGGUUGGUAUUUUCUUUUAACUUAUUUUGAGAUUUGAAGCAAAUGGUGUUUUUAUAUUGUUUACAGUCAGAGUAAAUCACUGGAGUUUGUUUUAUUCUGAUUUGCUCUGUUUUAAUCAAUCAUAUCUAGAGUUUAUAUGCCUCUGCUGAUGAAUUUUUAUCAACCAGUUUGUAUACUAAAAACAUACUCAUCAGAACAACUGGCAGGUGAAAAGGAUGCAGUCAAAACAAAAAGAAAAGAAAAAAAAAAAAGCUUGAAUUCCUUUAAGUCUUGCUUCCCUGAGUUAUCAGUUGCAGGCAUAACAUAUCUGAACUGAGCCUUUUGCGGUUGGUCUUUUCUAGCACAAGUAAACCUUUUCAGAUUGGUAAAAAUGUGGCGUAUCCUCAGUGAAGAGCGGUUUUCAUUGUGUGAAGUAACAAGUCCAUGAGGUCUAACAGUACAGUUAAGUGACAAGGAAAUAAUAUAUAUGUACAUUUUUAUUACAAUGUUGAGUCAUAAACUACAACAGGCAAUUUUAAGGAUUCCUUAUAGACCUUGUACAAUAAAUGAAUGUGUCUUACUUUUAAACACUGCAAUAUAUGUAAGUUUUAAGGUUGGUUAACAAUGUACUAUGGUUUUAUAUCUUGACUUGCCUUGUACCUCCUUCCAUUAUGGAACUUCUGUGUCCAAGCACAAUAUCUUCACACUGUGCUGUUUUGCUGCUGAACUAAAUGCACUUUUCCCCACAGCUGGGGCACUUGCUUCAAAAUAUUCAGUUCAGUAUCCUGAUUAUUCUUUUUUAACUUCAUCCUAUCUGUUUCAGUAUUAAACUGAUCUGUUAAAAAAGAGGCACCUUUUUCAUUUGUGCAGAUGUUGGUAGCUCAAGAGAAACACUGUAAGUAGUGGACAUUCAGUUUUAUCAUGAAUUUCUUGGCUGUUUAGAAGGCAGAAGAUGCUUCAGGGAGAUUUUCACUAUUGCUGCACUUGCAGUUGUCCUUUUUCAGGAGGGUAAGAACUCGAGGCAGUCACAUUCCAUGGUUACCCAAGAACUCUGUUUAUAAUCACUGGAAUUGCUGCUGGGGUAGUGUGACUUACAGGGCUUGUACCUUUUGCACAAAAUCAAAUCAAUGGAUGCCAUGGGAAAUCUGUUUCACAUGCAGAAGUUUGGGAAUAUUAUUUCUGGCUUUCAGGCGUGCUUAUUUAGACAUAUUUCCUCGAUCUACUUGCAUUUUGUUUUGUUGUGUGUCUUUUCAUUAACAAGGAGUAAGUUUUAAAUGGAAGGCAGGUGGAGAUAUAAAACCUUAGAGGGCUUAAACAUGCUGUAAAACUAUUGUAGAUGUCACUGGAUUUUAAUAAGUAGUGUUCUAUUCUUUCUCACACACUCUGUCGUUCCCCCCCUUCCCAUUUUUUUUUACAUCUACUGUAGCUUUUCAGUUUAGACUUUAGUUUAUAAUAGGCUAGUUCCUUACAGUUCUGCCUGAGUUGAUCUUUCUCAGCACUAAGGUGUUAAAAUAUGAAGAUGCUGAAAUGCUUAGUAUCAAGACUGUAAUUGAAAUUCUGAAUAUACUGCAAAGUCCGUGUUUGUGCCCUCGGGUCCCAUGGGGGGAAGCUGGUUUGGUUAAUAUGGUUCCUUAAAGCAAAAGUGGCGACCCCUUGUGUUUCCAAACGUCUUGGUCUCAUUCCCUCCCUGCUCCUCAAUCCCGUUUUUAUAAGAGUUCAAGGGAUUGAAUUUGUUUAGAUUGUAAAUAUGUUGAUUAUUCACCUUGCUAAGGUACAUGGUUAAUGACUGUAUGAUUGGAGCUGACCCUCUCGCCCAUAAAUUCCUGUGGAGAAGUUGGCUACCGAAAUAGUGCUCGUUACACUCACUUAAAAACAAGCUAUUCUUUUCAGUACACUUAUAGGAAUAAAUAAAGCUAUGUUUCAAUUCAUUACUAUAUUAAAAACAGGAUUUUUUUUUCAAACUAUCUUUGUACUAGUAUGGUUGUUGCAAUGCCAGAUAAUCCUGAGCUCUGUUUUAGGAGUUUAAUUUUAUACACUUUGAGGUGAAUGCUUAUUUUUUCAGUGUCUCAAGGGACAUUUGAAUAAGAGCAGUGUGAGAAAAGUUCUGGUGCAGGAGAAAUCAAGUCAGAAGAAUCUGAAAAGUUCUGAUUGGGAAUACAUUCAUAUAAAUCCAUUUAUGUACAAUACAUGGAUUUAUAUGCAGAUCUAUACAUAGAUCCAUAUAAAUCCAGCCAUUUUGAUAAUUCAAAAUAGUCUUACCUCCUGAAAUAACAGACUUUUGCAUUUCCCAGGAUGCUGGAUUGUUAACUAGUGUAGAUUCUAGAUGGUUUUAUUGCCUGGUGACAUUCAUUUGAACACACAUAAUGGCUUACACGUGUUUAAGAAUUUUAUUUUCCCAUAUCAGAUGAAGUAUAAAUGGGAAGAACUUCAUUCUGACAACUGUAUGUAUACAUAAAUACAAAAAUGUAUUUGUGUAUCUAUACAUGUAUGAAAGCAUAGACAAGGUGGAGAAAUAAAUUAUUUACAGCAUUUUUAAAAAUAAGAUUGAGAAAAAAGUGAUUCCCAGAUACUUGUAUUAAAUGUUUAUUCUCCUUGCUAUACAGGGGGAAAUAAUUUAGAACCGUUAUUAAAAGAUAUGACAGUCUUUACUUUGGGUGAAAAUCAUGACCUUGAUUACCUGGCCAUAGCCAAAAUAUCAAUUUUUUAAUGUGUCUGUGCCUGUAGACAUACAUGCUCAUGACCCAGAGACACUAUCCUGAAUCAUGCCUUGAUUUAACAAGCUAAAUGGUUACAGACUAGGUAACAUCAUGGAAGCCUGAAAAGUUAUAAAGCAGAUCAGAGAUUUGCUAAACCACGAAAAGAAGGAACAGUUGCUGUUGUGACUCACAUUGGUCACAUAUUGCAUUUUCAUUUACUAAAUAGGAAUUUUUUGGAUAAUUCUUUGCAAAAGUUUUUUAUGCUGUCCCAUAUUCAAGCUUGUCACUGGUGUAAGUGCAGUGGAAAUGCUGCUUGUUAAGUUGGGUUACAAAGUUGUAUAAUUGGGACUUUCCAUUUUGACCUUCAUGCACCCUUUUUAGAAGGAUUUUGAUUGUAGAAUAUUCACUUCAGUGCCUCUCUUUGAUUCAGUAUUUUUAGGAACCUGCAUGUUUAGACAUCUUGAAGGUUGUGUUUGCUCAUGAUUUAGACAAUUGGUACUUGGAUUUUCUCUCUGGUUAGUGCUUAAACCCAUUGUGUCACCUGGAAGUCAAGAGUCAUCUUCAAUCCUUGGAGUUUGAGAAAUCUCUUUUAUUUAAUAAUUAGAUAGCUUUGAGAGGUUAUUUUUUUCUCCCUUUUUUUUUAACCCAAAAAUAAAUUAAACUUCUAAAUCAGUACAAAUCCAUAUCAGGACACUUUUCAUAUCUGGAUGCAACGAAGAAUUUUCCUGUCAGUGUCACACCUCAGCUCUGUCAAAAGAAAUGCCAAAAUAGCUUCUAGUUAGAAACGUGCAGUUGGUGGUAAUUUGCACAACACAAACUUCAAGACACAGUAAGGAUGAUUACAAACAAAUUAUAGGAUCUAAAAAUGGGUUUGUUUUCUCAUUAGCAAAUAUCAAAAAAUUAUGUUUAUUAUUAUUCUGAUUUAGAUCUUAACCAGGACUGCACAGGACCUUUGCUGUGGAAAAAUAUCAGACCACACUAAUUUUGUGGUUAAAAGCUAAGUGAGAGUGUAAACAGUCUACAAAAAUGUACUUUUAAUCUGAAUUAUUGUAAUGUUGUUAUGUCUAUAUAAAAGAUUGCCUUGCUUUUUUA